AUGCUCGCCACGGUUACUCUAACUACCACUGCAUACAGUCCUACCACAAUCUUGACGGACAAAUUGCUCACCGGUUCAGCGAUUGCGCCAAAUGUGGUCGUGAGUGGAGCGACCAGUGGCGUACCAACACCGACCGGAAGCAAUGGAACGAUUGUCAAUAUCACGUCUGGAGUACCAUCUAGUGCGACCAUGCUGACAACGAUGGUAUGGACUGCUACGACUGUGUUGACUGGGAUGUUCCCUAUCACUGGCUACCCAUCUCAAAUCGUCCCUCCUGGCUCUGUGUUGACUGGGAUGUUCCCUAUCACUGGCUACCCAUCUCAACUCGUCCCUCCUGGCUCUGUGUUGACCUUGACACCAAACAACACUGCACAAGCUUCAGCUCCAGCUGUAGUUCCCGUUGGAGGCACAAUGACGGUCACCGGAUCUGGUCAUUCCGUUGUACCCGUCACUGCGAUCACUAUCAGCUUUGCGAGCACGAUCACGAUUCCUGUCAAUGCGAUACCGCCAAGCUUGUUGACCAUGCAGACCACUGUCUCCCCACAGGUCAGCACGAUGAGUAACAGUGCUAGCCCAACAAGUCAGUCCAUUGUCCAGACAUCGAUCCCAGUCUCUACAAGUGUGGUCACAGUGACAGUCGACAACUACAUAAUCCAGUCGACGGUACCGAGCACAGUCACAAUUACAGCCAAUCCGCCAAAGAACUCCGCUGCCCCAUCCACAAUCUCACUUACUGCUACCAUUGCCCAAUGGACGUCUCAAUCGAUCAUUCCGCCAAGUCCGAUUACAACUACAAUACAAAACACACCUCUUGGGGCUGCUAGCACCGUCACUGCCAAUCCGUCUACACAGACUAUUGUACAAUCGACUCUGCCAGGCACCGGCAGCACGGUCACAGUGAGCCAGUCGACUAUGCCACCGAGUGGUAGCACCGCCACUAUCAGCCCAUCCGGCAGCAAUCCUCUAGUAUCGGCGAGUGCUGGGCCAGCAGUCGUCACGGUCAGCAAUCCGCUACCUCCGGCCGGAACAGCAACUGGUCCUGCACUUGUUUCGGUCACAGCUGGCCCAGUAGCAGCGACCGUCGGUAAUCCGCUCCCAAAGACCAAUAUCCUCAUCAAUACUGUCAGAGUGACACGCUCGAAUAUCAAGACAACAGUUCCGGCGAAGCCGAGCACGGUGACCGUACAAGUGAAGAAAACCACUCUCAAAACGACAGUCUCGAAGCCGAAGCCAAAGACUACGCCUAAACCAAAGCAUACUCCUAAGGCCAAGACAUCGAAGAAGACCAUCAAGAAGACCAUCAAGUCGACCAUAACACACAAAUGA